AAUGGGAAGGAAAUCGUGCUCUUCGACCGAGGAGCUCAAUAGGGGAGCAUGGACGCCACAAGAAGACAAGGUGCUUGUUUCUUACAUAGCAACUCAUGGGGCGGGCAAAUGGAGGUCUCUCCCUAAAAUCACAGGGUUGAAGCGUUGUGGAAAGAGUUGCCGACUUCGAUGGCUCAACUAUCUACGACCUGAUAUCAAGAGAGGAAACAUCUCCAACGAUGAGGAGGAGUUGAUUAUUAGACUCCACAAGCUCCUCGGAAAUAGAUGGUCUCUAAUUGCAGGGCGAUUGCCAGGGCGAACAGACAACGAGAUCAAGAACUAUUGGAACACAACCUUAGUAAAAAAGCUGCAAGGCAACUCAUCUAAGUUCGAGAAAUCAUACCCCAAUGUCUCAACUCAAACCAAGUCAAACACUAGCUGUGCAGAAACUGAACUGCCACCGACAGAGACCACCAUCGUGACUCUGCCAACGAAUACCCGGUCGAUCCUGACCCAGACCACCUGUGAUCAGGAUGCUCCUCUAAUGCUUCCAUCGUUGGCCCCCCCAGAGUACUCUAUUUCGGCCAUGGACAUGGUUACAGAAACAUGGCCUUCUGAUUUAGGUGCUUGGGAAGAGACCAACUUCGAUGGCAUUCCAAUUCCAAAGUUUGGAUUUGAAUCAAAAGGAGGCGAUGGCAUCAGAAAUUAUCAGGAUCUUAAUGAUUUAAUAGCUAAUGAUGGAGCAACGAUCGGCAACUGGGUGGAAGAUGAUGGUCUUCAACCAAGCAACACAUUGACACCCAGCUUUUGGUUCCUGUCCUAGACAAAGAAACUCCUACGCAGUUCUGUGUGAGAGUCCUCUGUACAGUCGCAAAAUUCAAUCAUGAUCAUUAUGCUCGAAAGCUCUCGAACUGUCAAAAUAUGAUUUUGACCAAUCCUACGACCGUAUACAAGGGCUUUCACAUAGAACACUGCAAAUUUACUUCUAGCUCCCCCUGUUCUAUGCAAAUCUAUCUUCUAAUUUGUAUUGGUUUGUUUGGAAUGUCCAAGAUUACUUGAGGAACAUAGAUUAAGAAGAACAAAGAAAAACAGAGUUUCAGUCAUGGUAAACGAUAGUGUUCUAUUUAAGACAUGAAGGAUAAUAUUGUUUGCUAAAAAUCAGGCAAAAUGAGAAAAAUAAGAAGCCUUUAGCACACGGUUUGAGGGAUUCUCUGAUGAGUCCACCAGAAGCCUAACAUAAAGAGGAAUAAGAGUGUGACAUGAAGUUGAAAUUGUUGGAGAUUCCUACAAUUUGGUCACCUCAAAACUAUUUAAAUAGUUACUCUGUGAAAUAGAACAAACUAAAAUUUCCCCAAGAGAAAAAGAUAAUUUUAUUGAUUAUAAAUCAUAGAGGGAAAAAAAAAGCGGUAAACCAAUCCUAGGAGUUUUCUUAAGUAUCCCUAUAAUGAACACAGCAAGUAAAUGAAAUAAGUUCUAAAUGCAGCACAUAGUGCAUAAGGAGUAUACAGGGUACCAGGUAAGAUCAAAAAGCUUCUGAUUAGUAUGGAAAUACCUGACG